UGGACCAAACGAUUCAGCCCGUCGUCGACUCUUCCGCCAGGAGAACCAUGGUUGUUCCCGUUGAAGGCGUUGUUUCGAUCGAUCGGCAUUGAAGGCACCACCGAUCGCCACCGACGAGACAAUAGCAACGGUCCCGACCACCGUUCGAGUUUCACCGGGUCUCGAUACACGAUGAGAAUUCAGCCGCGGAGAUUUAUGAUCGUCGCGUCGCUGAUCGUUGGAUCGAUGGCCAAUGGUUUAAACGUGCCUGGCGUCGAAUGCGCCGGAAAAUACUGCUCCACCACCGAGUACUGUAACAAGUACAACAAUCGCUGCCAAUCAUGUGCAUCCGUUUGCGACCCCGACAGUUCCAACUACCUGCCGAAGGAGUGCGCGAUUCAUUGUCAAGAAUACCUGCGCGACACGAGAUACGUGCUCGUCGAGCAGUACGAGAAUCUACGAGGGGAAGUGGGGAAAUUGUGGAUUCUCGUCACGGUAGCCAUCACGAUCGCCUUCCUCUCUCUGUUGACGGUCGCGUGUCUGCUCGUCAACAGCUUCGCGAAAUGGAGAGGCAUGCGAGGCGGUUUUCGCCGAACAUUUCCCGGCACUUGGAUAAAGAAAACCGCCGUUAACAAAAACCACAACAACAACCACGAGAACAACAAUAAAUCGCCGGAUGACGCGGAAGUGGGCACCAAUAGGCACAACGGACUGAGGCUAACGAUGCCAACGAUCAGCGCCAGCGUAGCUCCCUCCCGAAUGCCAAAAAACGGAAAGGAGAACGGGAACGGGAACGGGAACGGGAACGGGAACGGGAACGGGAGUGGUCGCGACGACAAAGACAACGGAAAUGGAAAUGGAAAUGGAAACGGAAACGGAAACGGAAACGGAAACGAAAACGGCACGCCGAACACCACUAGCACGUCGUUGUCCGGAAGACAUCCGAGCGAGGACACUACCCUCGAUUACGCCUACGACAACCCCGCGAUGACUCCGAGUCCCGAGUCCGUUCAAAUUAGGGCGAAUCGGGAGAGCUCCUUCUAAAUGACCGUAUCGCAUCGGUCGACAACGGUAACGAGUUCCAUCGCGACACGAAAUUGUACAUAUAGAACGUAAGCUUAAGUACUUAAUCGCGUGCGACAUCGCGCGCGCGCAACUAUUUCACCAUCCUUAUCAGUCGUUCCGUCCAUGAAAGGCCUUUCGAGCGAAAUCGCCAACGUUCCUCCGGCAACGAGGCAGCGUUUCGCAUAGGUCAGCGACGAUAACGCGCGGGAACCCAGCCGAAAUCGAUAAUAAUCGACGCCCGGAGACGAGUCGACGAUGAACGCGCGGUACGCUCAACUCGACUGCUCAAUCGACUACUCAAGUCUUUCUCUUCGCGAAUAUCGCGUUUUUUGGAAAACUGCGCGUUCCUUUCGCGUCCCGGUAAACGCUCGCGCGCUUGUCUCGCUGUCCUUAGGAUAAGUUUUUCUUUUUCAUCGCGUAAGAAACGUGCACACGAGCUGGCACCCGGUUUAGCGAUAAGCGUAGUCACGGUAGACAGUGCGUAUACAGAUACACGUGUACAUAUAUACUUACACACAGCGGCAAUCGCGUUCGUCGUCGUGAAAUUUUUCGAUCGCGUACGUUCUCGAUCCCCGUCGCUCGUUGUCAUUAUUACCCGGUACCGCGAUCGUCGACGGACGGGGAUCGAUGUCUUCCAAGGAGGAAAAUAUCGCAGGCUCGUGGUAAUAUUCUUCGUUUCGUCGCGAAUUGCCACGCGAGUCGUCCGUUUACCGCUAAAAGAUUUUUCCUCUUGUCCUCAUGUUGGUUAACCUCUCGCGGGUAUUUUUAAUUUUAAGUUAUGUUUCUUCGUUGUCGAUCGCGUAGUCUCUACUAGAAAAUACUAUAUACAUAUACAUAUACAUAUAGAAUAUUAUAGUAUAAUAAUAAAAUACACGAACGCG